GUUAGACAAUUGGUAAACUUAUCUUUUGUUUUACAAAGUUGCAUUACUACCCCUAAUGUAUAGAAGUCAUUAUUAUUUAUGCAAAAUCAAACAUCAUUCUCCAAAGUAUUGGCCAUCAAUUUUGACAUUGACAGAUUAGUGAAGUGGUCAUUUGCAGCAAAGUAUGAUUGCAUUUGUCAAUUUUGUUUGCAAAGCACUAUAAACAUUUUUAAAAAUUAACAUAAAAUUAAACAAGAAAUAGAUGUCUAGUUCCAGUGAAUCUGAAGACGAAAAUCUAAAGCAAAUCCUUGAAGCAGCUGACACAAAUUUUCUCACAGAUUCUCUAUUUAAAACAAAGCCAGUAGAGACAGAAAUUCUUCAAAGCAAAUCGAAUGAAGUCUUACCUUCCCAAAGGCAUAUAACCUAUGAAGAAAGCACUGACAUCGACUUCGUGCCUUCAGAAACAGUACAAAAAAUUAUGGCUAAAAAAUUGAGCCACUUAGUAGAUGAACAAAUUGAAUUUGUUGAUGCUAUGGAUUUAUGUAACAAAAAGCCAAAGAAAGAUCCCAAAAGCAGAGUAAGAUUAUUAAAAGAUAUCGAUUGUUAUGUUAAACCAUUUGAAGAUUUUGAAUAUGAAGAUCUUGGCCAAAGGAAAAAGGUCAAGAUUAAAAAACGUAAUGUUGUUGGUGAAGUUUGUUUGGAUGAACAAACAAAGCACAAACUUGCUGCAAUUGAUGGUGCAUUUGUUUUGUCAUUGAAAGAAACAGUUAACUGGUCGGAGAGACCCAAAGGAAAGGUUUAUCAUUAUAAGCAAGGAAAGGGUAUCAAUAAGGAUCAACAUUUUAUUGAACCACCAAAUGAAUUUACAAAGGCACGACUUAAAAACCAAUGGAAUGAAUCGAAGAUAAAGAAAGCAAAAUUUUCUAAUAAAUAAAGUUUGCCAAUAAAAUGAAAAAUUUUACACAAAUUUA